AUGACCGCCCAAUUGGACUUGAAUGAUGUCAUUAAGGAUAUAGAGCUUCUUUACACGUCUCAAGAUGCUGAUCAAAUUCAUUUCAUUCAAGACAAAUUACAAACGUACCAGAAAAGUGAACAUGGCGAUGAACUAGGACUAAAACUACUACAACAUCCUCACAACACUGUUAAAUAUUUCGGUGCUCUUACAAUCACUGUUUAUCUCAACACAUUUGGUUGUAAGAAUUAUGAGCAAACUUUUCACCAAAUCCUGCUUGUCAUCAAGGACUUAACCAAUGAAAACUUUCAUUCCAACUUAUUUAUCAUAAAGAAGCUAUUGAGUUGCUUGUCAUUGAUAUAUAUACUGAAUUAUCAACAAUUUGACCCUAUAUUAGUGUUUGCAAAGUUAUUAAACCCAUCAGCCAGUUCAGUUAUAGAGUUUAUUACCCAUUUACAGGACCUGAAACAAUUGGAACUACUUCUAUACCUACUAUCAACAAUAGUUGAAGAAGUGCAUAAAAUUCCGUCUUCCGUACCAGAGUUGCAAUCAACUAUACGUGCUACAAUUUUCAAUCACCUACAAACUGUUCUUGAGUAUUUACUGCAACAAUAUUCCCAAUUACCGGAGGAGUUCAUACUCCUUUUACUUGACUGUUUGAACUCAUGGGUGGUAUAUGCGUCAACUGCGGAAGCUCGCUCUGAAGUGCGAUACGCUGACGACUUGGGAUCUUUCCUAACCCUUAUUUUGAAACAAUUGGAUAAUAAUUUCGACAUUGACAAAAUGGAACUUUAUAAUAAGACAUUUUCUGUUUUGACGGAGUUUGUUGAUCAUAUUGCUCGAGCAUUGAAUUCCUUUAAAGCUACUUUGAUGGAGAUUUUCUUUGGAGAAGGCAAGUUUGGAAUGCAGAUGUUAAAUACUAUAUUUGCCGACCAAGAGUUGAUGGAAGCAUAUCGACUGGAGGUCGACAACUACAUUAAUUUGAUUAUUGGCUACCUUGAAUUGAACAUCAUUCAACUUACAAGAAACAUACUACAUGAGGAUACUGCAAGAACCAUAAAAGCAGUAGUAUCGUUAACAAAUGCACCAGGACAACCAAUUGUGGAUGAAAAUAUUAGCUUUCAAUUGAUAUCAUUUUGGGAUGAAUUUGCCAACACUUUAAUUGACGAUGCUGAUGUAUUAAAAGAGUUAUUUCCUACCCUUGUUGCCGACAACAAGCAAAGAAGUCAUGAAAUCUUGAUGGAAGUAGCUGUCUCCUACUUCAAAAAGAUUCAAAAAAACUCUGACGACACAUCUCAAGAGUUUGCACGCUAUCGUGUUUUGGUUUCCGACUUGUUCAUUGUAUUUUACUCAAUUUUGGGUGUUCCGAUUUAUGCAACAUUGUGCAAUACUGUGGGAACUGAUAUAACCCAAAGUGAGGCAGCAUUAUAUUUGUUACAUAAAAUCACCAUUGAUAUUCAGUUUUUUGAUGAAGAAGAUAAUGAUGAGAACUCAAACACUUUUCCAUUGGUACAAGAAAUUGCGAAACUAUUCGAGAGGAACAUAAUCACGUUGGUGGAAAACCAUAUCGACAAUGAAUGCAUCACCACGAGUUUACUAAAUUUCAUUUCGGUGUUGCCAUUCUUUUACAAGUCAAAAGUAGGAAGUCAAUUUCUUGCGCCCAGUUUUAAUUUCUUGUUUAGAGUGAUUACAACUCGCAAAAUUGGAACCUUGCCCCUUAUAGCAUCACGUACUGUCUAUCGUAUUUGUCAAGACGCUGAAGAGAAUCUUGUACCUUUCCUCCCACAGUUAGAAUUGGUCUUGGUUGAAAUGUUGCAAAAUCCAGACAUUGACAACGUUAUUCGUGAAAGAAUCACCAAUUCAUACAUUUCCAUAGUUCGGUCAAGAAAGGUAGCAUCGGAAUUGGGCGAUCAGAUAUUUGCAAUUUUACAAGUGAUUGAUCAACAAAGGGCUAGGAUUAACGACGAGCUAUUGGAAGAUUAUGCAAUCAGUUUAGUUGCCUGUAUUGAUGAAAUUGGAAAAGCUUGUGCAUACCCCGAAGAGGUCGAGGAUUAUUUCAGUGAGGAUCAGAUACAACAAGUCAAGGCAUAUUGGAAUGAAGAUCCCUUACAAAUCAGAAGUUUAAUUUUGCAACAAUUGAGAGCAUUCUCACUUGACUCGCCUUCGUUAGCUGAAAAGACCAUUGUGACUGAGAAAUGUUGUAGCAUUCUCAAAUGUGGAUUUAAUGAACCUAUUGUUGGGCCAUUUACAUUUGAUUUGGAAUUGAUUUUCCAGUACAUUUUUGCCAAGUUGCAAGCUUCAACUCCACACUCAAUUGACUACUUGCACCAAUUGAUAAUCAGUGUUGUGCUAACGCAUGCUAAAGAUAUUGAUGAAACUCAAUUUGAAAACCUAUUGGUAAAGGCAUUUGUUGAUAUUCAAUCCAUUAUUGAUUCUGAUGAAGAUUUGAUCAAAUCGUCACUUGAUGUUUUUGCUGCCAUUGUUGACACUAAACCAAAAUUGAUCCUAUAUACCCCAGUUUUGGAAGGCUUUAUCUUUCCUUUUGCCUUGAAUGCGUUUGCCAAACACGAAGUUUCCAUCGUUCGAUCAACUGUCAAGUUUUGGAAUGCAUUAAUCACUACAAAGAAAGGAGUUCAGCAAGAUCAGGAAGUGGUGAGACAUUGGAUGACAUCAGAACAAAAUGGCACUAGUUUAGGCUUCCAGUUAACUAAUCAAUUAAUGAGCGCAUUCAUAGCUUCGCCAAGAUCAAGCUUAGAUUAUUACUAUCCUUUGUUUAGAUACCUCAUCAACAAAUAUCCAUUGGAAGUUAAAACGUGGCUUUCAUUCAUAGUGGAUAAUACUUUAAUGGGUAAAGACAAAUUGGAUCAUAAUGCUAAACGUCAAUUUGUCAAUAAAUUGAUGCUUACAAGAGGUCAAAGAAUGGCUCAUAAUGUGCUUAAGGAUUUCUGGUUAGCUAGUUGGGGGUUGAGUGUGUAG